AUUAUUCAGGUCUGCCUCAUGGCGACAGAACCCGGAAGUAGCCUUCAGAUACUAAUGUAUCGCUGAUUGUCCGAGUGCCAGCGGCCUCCUGAUCAUCUUUCUGUUUGUCUGCAGUUCAUAUUCAGCAACAAUGCGAGUCCCACAGGUGUCAAGCUCUCCACAGAUCCAGGCGGUGUUGACCAGCUCAUCUUCAGGUCUAGAGGAAUUCAAAGCUCACGCUGUUUUCCAGGAGAUCAGUAAAAAGCUGCAUGAGGAAGGAGAGCAGUUUGUGAAGAAGAUCGGAGGUGUGUUUGCCUUCAAGGUGAAGGAUGGGCCGGGAGGAAAGGAAGCCAUCUGGAUCGUUGAUGUUAAGAACGGAAAAGGCUCCGUUGACAAUGAUGCUGGUGAGGCUGGUCUAAAUGCAGACAGUAUUGAUCUCUGAACAGAUGACAUUUUC